CAGCGGAGUACGCGCCUAGCGGGCUGCAGCCUGCGGGGCGACUGUGCACAGAGGCGGGCCGGGGACAUACUGUUUCCUUGGCCGCGGAGCUGGCGGAGACGCGAAGGUACCCUGGCCCGGAACGUCUUGUGCGCACCAGGCUCUUGGCCGCCUGAACCCCCCACGGUCGAUCCGGGCGUGGAGGCGGCCAGCCCGGCCUCGGUCCCUCCCGCCUCACGGCUGCGGAACGGUACAAACUCAUCGCCCCGGUUCCCUCCGCCCGGUCCCGGAGCCUGCGUCCCUGCGAGGGACUCAGCCCCGACGGGCAGGUGCCUGGUGCCCGCGGACCCUCCCUCCGUGGGGCGCGAAGCCCCUGCUGGGUGGGCGGGGUGGGAGCAGCCGGGAGACCCUGCACGAAACAGCGCGGGAUGGCCAGCAGGUCCCGGACAGCUUCGUGUUGGGGAUUGUCGUCAUUCAAGGAUAUAUCUAUGGAGUUCACCUGGGAAGAAUGGCAGUUACUGGAUUCUGCGCAGAAGCACCUGUACCGGGAUGUGACUCUGGAAAACUAUAGUAACCUGGUGUCUGUGGGGUAUCAUGGUACCAAACCUGAUUUAGUCUUCAAGUUGGAGCAAGGAGAAGAGCCAUGGAUAAUAAACACGGAAGUUUCCCGUCAGAGCUGUCCAGAAGGUUGGAAAGAAUGGUACCAGAAAAAUCAAGAUGAACUCGAAAGUGUUGAGAGAAGCUAUGCUUGUAAUGCAUUUGGAAAGCUUCAUCUGAGCAAAAGCCACAUUUCUUCAAGACAAAGUCUCCUUAAAUAUAAUACACUUGGAAAAAGCUUGACACAAAACUUAGCUUCAGCCAGAAGCUAUCUAAGACAGAAUCCUGAUCAGUUUCAUGGGUGUGAUGAAUCAUAUUUUCUUAAGCAUCAAAGAACUCAUAGUAUAGAAAAAAACUGUGUAUGUAACGAAUGUGGGAAAGCUUUUCGUUGUAAAUCACAGCUCAUUGUACAUCUCAGAAUUCAUACAGGAGAGAGACCAUACGAAUGCACUAAAUGUGAGAGAGCCUUCAGUGCCAAGUCAAACCUCAAUGCUCAUCAGAGAGUCCACACAGGAGAGAAGCCCUACUCCUGUAUCGAGUGUGGGAAAGUCUUCUCAUUCAGGUCACAGCUCAUUGUCCAUCAGGAAAUUCACUCAGGAGGGAAACCUUACGGUUGCAGUGAAUGUGGGAAAGCCUACAGCUGGAAAUCACAGCUGAUUUUACACCAGAGAAGCCAUACAGGAGUGAAACCCUAUGAAUGCAGUGAAUGUGGGAAAGCCUUUAGUCUGAAGUCCCCAUUCAUUGUGCACCAGAGAACUCACACAGGAGUGAAACCCCAUAAAUGCAGUGACUGUGGGAAAGCCUUCAGGAGUAAGUCGUAUCUCCUCGUUCACAUCAGGAUGCACACGGGAGAGAAGCCCUAUCAGUGCAGGGAUUGCGGGAAGGCCUUCAGCAUGAAGACACAACUUGUUGUGCACCAGGGAAUUCACACAGGAAAUAAUCCUUAUCAGUGCAGUGAAUGUGGGAAGGCCUUCGGUAGGAAGGAACAGCUCACCGCGCAUCUGAGAGCUCACGCGGGAGAGAAGCCCUAUGGGUGCAGUGAGUGUGGGAAAGCCUUCAGCAGCAAGUCAUACCUCGUUAUACACCGGAGAGCACACACAGGAGAGAGACCCUAUGAGUGUAGCUUCUGUGAGAGAGCCUUUUGUGGGAAAUCACAGCUAAUUAUACAUCAGAGAACUCAUUCAACAGAGAAGCCCUAUGAAUGCAGCGAAUGUGAGAAAGCCUAUCCUAGGAAGGCGUCACUUCAGAUACACCAGAAGACUCAUUCAGGAGAAAAACCCCACAAAUGCAGUGAAUGCGGGAAAGCCUUCACUCAAAAGUCGUCUCUCAGUGAACAUCAGAGAGUUCAUACAGGAGAGAAGCCAUGGAAAUGCUCUGAAUGUGGGAAAUCCUUCUGCUGGAAUUCAGGGCUUCGUAUACAUCGAAAAACUCACAAGUGAGAAAUCAGAGCGGAGUAGAUGUUAGAAUCAUUCUCACAGAAGCUGAUCCACAGGAGACUUCAGAGGAUAAUAGAGGCAGGAAGUCCUAAAAAUACUCUUUUAUCAAAUUAGUCAUACGAGAGAGAGGCCAAUCAUAUUGGAAUGAAUGUGCAAAAGCUUUCAGAAGUAAGUCAUACAAAUCUUUAUAUACAAGAGAAUAGUUGCAGGAGUAUGGAGCAGUAACUGUAUCUGAAGUGGUAGCCUGAUUAUGAAGAUUUAACAUGGGGAAUCAUAUUGAGAAACCCUUGUAACUUUAAUAAAUCAAGAAAGCACUUCCCAUGGAAGCUGUGUUACAUGGGGAGUCACAUUCCAGAUGUGAUGCUGAAGAAAGUCUUGGUAGAGAGUAAAGUUGUUUUUUAUUUUAAUAUGUAACUAGAGUAAUAGCAGGAAAAUGGCAAGGAACAUACUCUGAAGGUUAAGGGGUAUGGAGUGUGACUUUCCUGAGUAACACUGAAUAGUGUUUUAAAAAUUUUUGGUAUUUUAUUUUAAAAUGUAACUUGUUAUAUUUGAUAGUUUGUGGAAUAACACCCUCUAAUAUUCUCCACAUUAAAUGCUGAGGAUCA